GCGGGAAGGAGUGUGAAGAGGUUUGGAGUCUGUUUGUCUCGUAUUAUUUAGCUAGCAAACAGCUAAAUAAGGAGCAACUGAAGACUGAACAUGCCGCGGGAGAUCAUAACGCUUCAGCUGGGACAAUGUGGAAAUCAAAUCGGGUUUGAGUUUUGGAAGCAGCUGUGUGCAGAGCAUGGCAUCAGCCCAGAAGGGAUUGUUGAGGAGUUUGCAACUGAAGGAACCGACAGAAAGGAUGUGUUCUUCUAUCAGGCUGACGAUGAACACUACAUCCCCCGUGCAGUUCUCCUGGAUCUUGAGCCCAGGGUGAUCCACUCCAUCCUAAACUCUCCUUACGCAAACCUGUACAACCCUGAGAACAUCUACCUCUCUGAGCACGGCGGAGGGGCUGGGAACAACUGGGCGAGUGGAUAUUCACAGGGCAAAAAAAUCCAAGAAGACAUCUUUGACAUCAUUGACCGAGAAGCAGAUGGCAGUGACAGUCUUGAGGGGUUUGUCCUGUGUCAUUCCAUUGCUGGGGGGACAGGCUCCGGGCUUGGAUCUUAUUUACUGGAGAAACUCAAUGACAGGUACCCAAAGAAGCUGGUGCAGACUUACUCUGUUUUCCCAAACCAGGAUGAGAUGAGCGACGUGGUCGUUCAGCCGUACAACUCUCUGCUCACACUGAAGAGGCUGACCCAGAACGCAGACUGCGUGGUGGUGUUGGAUAACACGGCUCUAAAUCGCAUCGCCACAGACAGGCUGCAUAUCCAGAACCCCUCGUUCUCCCAGAUCAAUCAGCUGGUUUCCACCAUAAUGUCUGCAAGCACAACCACCCUGCGCUACCCAGGCUACAUGAACAACGACCUUAUCGGCCUGAUUGCAUCGCUCAUCCCCACUCCCCGCCUCCACUUCCUAAUGACUGGCUACACACCGCUCACUACUGACCAGUCGGUCGCUAGUGUGAGGAAAACCACAGUGCUGGAUGUGAUGAGGAGGCUUCUGCAACCCAAGAAUGUGAUGGUGUCCACAGGAAGGGAGAGGCAGCCCAGCCACUGCUACAUCGCCAUCCUUAACAUCAUCCAGGGAGAGGUCGACCCCACACAGGUGCAUAAAAGCCUCCAAAGGAUCCGGGAGCGUAAACUUGCCAGUUUUAUUCCCUGGGGUCCAGCCAGCAUCCAGGUGGCUUUGUCCAGGAAGUCUCCGUACCUGCCCUCGGCCCACCGGGUCAGCGGCCUGAUGAUGGCCAACCACACAAGCAUCUCCUCUCUGUUUGAGCGGACAUGCCGGCAGUAUGACAAACUGCGUAAGAGGGAGGCUUUCCUGGAGCAGUUCCGCAAAGAGGACAUAUUCAAGGACAACUUUGACGAACUGGACAACUCGCGUGAGGUGGUCCAGCAGCUGGUGGACGAGUACAGCGCAGCCACGCGGCCUGACUACAUUUCCUGGGGCACACAAGAACAGUGAACAGACUUGUUGUCUUGUAUUUCAACUACAACCCAGUUAGCAUCCAUGCUUAGCUAGUUUUUUUCUAACUCAAUACUCUCCACAUUAAUUUUUUUCCUACAUAUGUGUCCCAAAAUAGACAGGUAUUUGGCUAUAGCUGCUUCUCUGGAAAAAAAUAUUUAUUGAUUUGGUUUGUUAUAGCAUGUAAUCAUAUUGUAUGUUUGUGUCUAAAAAUGGAAAAGAGACUGAGGGAUGAGUGUUAACACCUACUGUCAUUAUAUUAACCAAAAAUUAAAAGGGUGAAGUUACAGUAAGUUCAUUUUUUUCCCUGAGAUUGUCAAAGUCAGUAUACAUAAAGCAACCUUUAUGUACUAGUCCAGUGAAAUGAAAGUAAGAGCACCUCUUCCCUGCAAGUUUGUGCAGAAAACCUCAGUAUGUCUUAAAAAAAAUCUAUAAAUAUCUGUUAAUAGUUACUUUAUUCUUUCUCCUAAACUCAUCUUUCCCCCCCUUGAAGCCUAUUUUAAAAAGUCUUCAUUAAUGAAAGACAACUUGUUGCCUUGUUUUGGUCUAUUUUUUUUAUACUGAGUACAGUGUUUUUCGUUUUUGUGCAGUUUAUUUACAGUGAAACGUCCACAGUCUAGGGGAUGAUUGCCUUGAAAUAAUGGGAGUACAGAUGGAAUGAUUUGCAUGAUGGUUAAUGCAGGUUCUUGCAUCCCACACAUUUCUGACAUGGUGCUUUGUACCGUCUAUCUGCUGCUGAUACACAUUGCUCAUUUGUUACCACUGUACACGACCAACAAGAAUGUCAAGUUGAAGCUUGGCUUAAGCCAAAAAUGAUGUUUAAAUACCUGCCAUAUAAACUGCAUUGACAUUUAAACAACAGAGAAAGUAACAGUUUGCACAGAUGGACAUUGUACAAGGAUGGAUCUCGUUAAACGCUUCAUUUCUAUGCCUGUAAAUAUACUUUAAAGAAUAGCUGGUUCACUGGCCUUCUCUAUCGUCUAAAUGAAUAUACUGUUUCAUGUUGCUUUGUUUGUUGGACCUGUUUGAAAUGACGAAUAGGAAUAAACAAAUUUUCUAUUA